GUUUGUUUUGCUGUGCCUCCGCCGAGCCCUCAUGAACGUGGUCGCGAAGAUGGCACGUCCCGGGUGUUCGUAUCGUCACCGUGUUCUGGUUUUCCGCGUUGGUCGCCUGGCUUACUCUGAAUAAUCAACGUCCCAAGGCUACAUGUACGGUUUACUCUUCAAAGAACGGUUGCUUCAUCGAGAACUUCAUCCCGCAGUAUCACCAUGCCUGCCUCCUGCUCUGCGUACGGCUGUGCCAGCACCGGCGGCCGACUCUGUGAUGACAUUGCUACAGAGCCAGUACGUGAUGAAGCAUGGGGCCUGGCUCCUGAGUCGGGAAAACCCGUAGCAACAUCAACAGAGCCAGCAUGUGAGCUUGGCCGUGUCACCAAUAAAUCCGUUCAAGUGCGGCUACCCACUCGCCAUGAAGAAGCAUCACAAGCAGAUGAAAAAAAGCUUCUGUCAACAAGUGCUACACAAACAGAGCCACAAGGUGCUUCUCCAGGAACCUUGUCAUCUGCGCCUCUGAAGCAGUCUUUUUUAUUGGCAUUUGUACGAGGUGGACUACAUUCCUGCCAACAGUGCACCUAUGUGACCUUGGACACGUCUGCUAUGAACAGACACCUUCAGAACCAUGAGAGCGAGCCCCCCUUGCAGUGCCACUUGUGUCCAGCUACAUUCAAUGACAACUCCAAGCUUGUAUUGCACGUGCGCAUGCACACACGAUGGCCCCCCUUUUCCUCUGGUCAUUGUACUCCACACUUUUCUCGAAAAAGCACCUUCAGUAACCACAUGCACACUCACACAAGAGAGCGUCCAUUUUCUUGUAUAUACUGCAAUUCAGCGUUUUUGUAUAAACGCAACCUUGUUAGUCAUAUGCGCUCUCAUACAAGAAAGCGUCGCUUCUCUUGUGUCCACUGUAAUGUAUCUUUUAUGCAGAAAGCCCACCUCAUUGAGCACGUACGCUCUCACACAGGAGAGCGACUCUUCUUUUGUGACCACUGCAAUGCAUCCUUUAAGCAGAAAGCCCACCUCGUGAAACACAGCCGUAGUCACACAGGAGAGCGUCCAUAUUCCUGUGUACACUGCAGUGCAUCGUUUGCGGCUAAAACCUACCUCACUCAGCACAUGCGCUGUCACACAGGAGAGCGUCCCUUCCCCUGUGUACACUGCAAUGAAUCAUUUUUGCGUAAAUAUGACCUCUUAGAGCACAUGCGCACUCACACAGGAGAGCGUCCAUUUUCCUGUGCCCACUGCAAUGCAUCGUUUAUGAUCAAACGCCGCCUCAAUGAGCACAUACGCUCUCACACAGCUCCCAAAGGCGAGCGACCCUUUUGUUGUGACCACUGCAAUGCAUCCUUUAAGCAGAAAGCCCACCUCGUGAAACACAGCCGCAGUCAUGCAGGAGAGUGUCCAUUUUCCUGUGUACACUGCAGUGCAUCGUUUUCAGCUAAAGCCUACCUCACUCAGCACAUGCGCUCUCACAGGGAAGAGCGUGCUUUCCCUUGUGAACACUGCAAUGCAUCUUUUUCACGCAAACAUUACCUCUUGGAGCACAUUCGCACUCACACAGGAGAGCGUCCUUUUUCUUGUGUCCACUGCAAUGCAUCGUUUAUGAUCAAACGCCGCCUCACUCAGCACAUGCGCUUUCACACAAAAGAGCAUCCCUUCCCUUGAGUAACCUGCAAUGCAUCUUUUUGCGAAAAAAUUACCUCUUGGAGCACACUCGCACAGGAGAGCAUCCCUUUACCUGCGUCCACUGCAAUAAAUAGUUUAUGACUAAAAGCCUCCUUAUUGAGCAUAUACGCAUUCACACAGGAGCGCGUCGCUUUUCUUGUGUCCACUGCAAUGCAUUGUUUGUGAGGACAUCCCACCU